CUUUCCUUCAUUUUCCCGGGAGCCAAACAGGGUGGGAACUGGGAAGUGGGGUGUGGACUAUGAAAUUGUUAUGAUUGAUUGUGGGAGGGACUAAAUUGAACCUUUUAAAAAUCACCCAAGAGCUCAAAAUUUUUCUUCGUUUUAGUGGGUUAAUCGAUCUGAGAUACUCGCUUCUUUGACGAGUUUGAGGCAUUGAAAUUGUUGGAAGGCACGGUCGUAAUCGGAGAGGCCAAUUUUAAUCUGGGUUUGGUUGGCCGAUUGUGUAAUCGAUUUCUUUUCGUUCUCAAAUUCGAAGUUAGAUUUGUGCAGAGGCGCGAGGAAAGAAACUUCGAGGUUUGGAGAUUUCAGUGGCUCGCUGAGGGUUUCUGAGAGAUGAUGAAGGUCGCCAUCGGUGACAGAGAUUCUUACCUUGUUUGAGAGUGGAAGAAGAAUUGGACUAUGAAAAUGCAAUCGUAUAACGAACUCUUGGAUUUGGAUUUACAUUUCGCUUGUUUUCUGUUGCGGUGAAAGAAGCAGAUUUCUAUUCUUCGGGGAGCUGAUUCUUUGGGGGAAACCCGACGACUGUAAGCGAAGUAUAAUCUGAAUCGCGGAUCAGAAAUUUCAGGUGCUGUAUAAUUUUUUUCCAAAAAAAAAAAAGCAGAUGGAGAAGGACCAUCUCAGAAUCAACAGCCAUGGCAAUUUCGUUAAUAAUAAUUCCCAUGGUAGGGACAGAACCGUCGUGGACGGUUCACUGUUGUUGCGGGCGAAAUCUGAGGCCGCCGCCGUCGCCGUCGCCGCCACCAAGCAGCAACCUGCGCCGUCGGACUUUGUCUUGCAAUGGGGAAACCGGAAGCGUCUCCGUUGUAUGAAAGUCCAGGUCAAGGCGAAGGACGUCUCCGCCGCCGCACCGGUUCACAGAACCACCGUCCGGGUGGAUCGCCGGGUCAUUCGAGCCGAUAAAGACUCCGUGAACCACAACCACCAACCCACCUCCAUCAUCCAUAAUAACCCUAAUCACAGUAAUGGGUAUUUGAAUCUCCGUCAACGGCCGAUUUCUCCUCAACCGCCGCCGCCAGCUCCGCCUCAGCGUAUGCUAAGGAACUCUGAGAUUUGCUCCAGUGCGAUGAGAGCCAACGGCAACGGCGGUGUGAGAGCAAUUACGUCGCCGGAAAGGGCGGCGCCGGAGAAGAGACCGACGGCCAUUAACGACAACCAGCAGCACCAUAAAUCCGCGGCUACAUCGGAUAGUAAAAAGGGCGGGUCUUCGUCCGGCAGUGGAGAAGCCCUAGCGCCGCCGCAGACGGUCGUACCGGUAUGGCCGCCGAAGUUCGUAAUUGCCCUAACGAACAAAGAGAAGGAAGAAGAUUUCAUGGCGAUCAAAGGGUCUAAACUGCCUCAGAGACCGAAGAAAAGAGCCAAAAUUAUUCAACGCACCAUCAAUGUCCAGGGACGUGGCUGUGCGAUCUAACACUAGAGAGAUACGAAGUUAGGGAGAAGGAGAAGAAGAUUUCUAAAAAGAGACCAAGAGGGCUAAAGGCAAUAGUGAACAUGGAGUCAGAUUCAGAGUGAGAGAGGGAGGGCAGUGGCUGCUUAAAAAAAGAAAAGAAAUCGAGUGGUUUUGUAAUAUGAUUUGUGGAGAAGAGGAGGAAGUUUAUGUGGAUUAUUAAAUACCAAUAUCUAUAUAUAUAUAUAUAGAACUUUUUGUAGUUGUA